CACCUUACUGCACUUGUGCGGCAUGGACCCAAAUCCGUCUGUCAUGACAACAAACGCGCACGCCCAAGGGUACAGGAUACAAACCUACCCAGUACCUCGUAGACACCGGUAAAUCAUCAUGUAGGGCAUCUGCACAGGGUGCAUGAGGGAUGCCACAGCGACGGUACGGGCCCCCGUUCUCAGACCAAUAGCAGCGCACUCUCGCAGGGCUCUGGCGUGCCCGUUCCUGUGCCUGGUCCUCAGCUUUCAGCUGCGUGGCUGCGCCGAGGCCCUUGCGAGACGGGAGCCGUGCGGCUGGAGACGAGGGUUCGCAAGGGAGCAGCCGCCGUCGCAUCGUCGCCGCAGCCCGCUCAUAGUGCUAUCCAUAGUGUUGCUCAUAGUGCCACUCGCUGCUCUGCUGGUGCCGUAAUAGAAAGCGGCUCGUCCAAGAAGCGACGCAACAUGG